UGCGAGGGAAAGCUUCAGCAAGUGACGACAGUGAUCUUCCGCCAUUGCACAACCCGACAGCCUCUUUUUAAUUUGUCGACAUCAUGGCGACCUCGCUUGCCGCGCAGCUGGCGCAGGUUGCUGCGAAUUCCAAAUCGACUCUCAACGUCAAGGCACAGAAGGCAGCGCACUCCAAAUCCUUGAUCUGGGAACCUCGAGUUGCCGCCACUCAGAGUUACCAGACUCUCUACGCCAACUGCCACCAAGGAUUUGAAGACCUUUGCCAGCUUGAUUCGAGAUUUGCUCAAUUCCAAUCCACCAUCUUCAGCGAGGAAAGCGUCGACCAGGACCGCACCCAACUCACCGCUGCCGAGAAUGAACAUUUGAACCAGCAAGUCGAAGCGUUCCUACGUCUUGUUGGUGGCCGCCUCCGUCUGAUGCCUGCAAUCAAGUCGGUUGAGUGGCUCAUUCGUCGAUUCAGAAUCCACGAAGAAAACACCGUCGCUCUCGUUCUCACGUUCCUCCCAUACCACACCAUCCCCGCCUUUGCGACUCUACUUUCUAUCCUUCCUUCCAAAGUUCCUCAAGAAUUUCGUUUCUUAGAUCCCUAUAUUCGAUCGCUGACCAGCCCACCCCGACCCGUUCUGGUCCACCAAGCCAUUCACCAUAUCGACUUCUUGAUACUCGUCUCCAGCUAUGUUCUUGAGUCGUGCCGAAGACAAUUCCAAUACCCUGCGCUUAUUGCAUUCUGGGGUGGACUCAUGACCGAAGCUGUGGGUGGUCUGGCUGAUAAGUCAAAGUCUGGCCGUGCCGCCGUUCAACUUGACAAUACGCAGAACCUCCUACAACGCCUCGGCCCAAUCUUUGGAGAGGCUCUGACUAUGAAGACCGUACCUGGGCUUCAAAUUGCAGCAUACAUGGCCACAUCCAUCUUCGUUGCCAAGGGACGCCUAGAUGAUGCCGCUGUCAAUGCGUUUAUGCAACAGACUGUUCACGGAUGGACCAGCGAGACUGUUCGUGCAGGUCUGGUUUGCUUAACCAUCCUCGCCCAGUUCCGAUCAGCGAAACAGACCGGCAAAUCAGUGACAAAGGCUUUGAUGAGAGUCCCAAGCAUUGGUGCGCUACUUGUCGAGAUUGGAAGGGAGCGCCGUGUUGACAAAUUGGCCAACGGUCUUUGCUUAUCUCUUAUUGAGCGAUUGGCCAAAAAGGGCGAUGCUAACGGUCUUCCUACCAUCACCACUAUUCUCAACGGUAACAUUCUUCAAGCCAAGCAAGUUUCCGUUAUCUUCAAGUCGCUCCUUUUGAGCGCGCACACACUGAAUGAUGAUUCAGAUGAGGAUGGUGCUCUGAGACGCAGUGUUGGCUCCGUAUUAAUUGCUCUAUCCCAGGCUUCUGGUAAGACAGGCGAUAUUAUCCAGUCAGUUCUUCAAGAUCAGCAGUUUGACAUUGAGGAGUUGGAAAUGAAGCUGGAUCUUUCCUUCAGAACCAGAGCUGUUGUAGACGACGCCGAAGACAUUUCCGAACCACAGGCUCCUGUCACCAAGCCUGUCGACCUAGCGGGCUCGCUGGAAAAGCUUAGUGUCAAAUCUGAGAGCCUUCCGACUUGCCUUGUUGCUGAAAAGAGCGAGCUCUUCAACGAGCUCAGCCACGUUUUCUUCUCGAUUGUGUCAGAACAAGCCAAGCAUGGCGAUCUUUUGGCCGAAUUCGACGGCUCUAGCAAGCUCCACAAGGCUUCCGCUCUUAAGGAUUCUACAUAUUUCGGAUUCUUUAUCCAAAUUUGGUGCGGUCCCUACCCCGCCCUCGCCCGUGCCGCUGCUCUCAGCAUGGUAAAGAACGCCUUGAAGGAAGAGACUGGUGUCAAUGCUGAUCCCCAGUGGCUGCUCCCGUAUAUCCUAGUUGCUCUCGUUGAUCCGUCCAAGCGUGUCAGACAAGCUGCUGUCGACUUGGUUGCCGUCAUAGCCGCUCGUUAUACUCCAGGAUGCUCAUUAAAGCCCGUCUGGGGUGAGAGCUCCCUGUACAACAAGAGCAAGGAUAUCAAGAGCCUGUCCACCGAGGUUGCCACACGCCUUGUACACUUGCAACUAUUGCCCAAUGGUGAAGAGUGCGUUAUGGAUCCCGAGCGCAUUACUAUUGCUAUUAAGGAGGCCGUUGAACAAGGCAAAUACCACGGCAAUUCUGGCGCUGCCUUUGAUAAGAAGGACCACAUGGCAUCGGCUUCGCGGUUAUCCAUCCUCACAUUUUUCUCUGCUCACGCUGUUGCCACCCCGCUGCUUGUCGCUAAAACAAGGCUGCUUAGCAUGCUGAAUGAAAUCCGGGGUGUAUCGUCAACCACACGAACUCAAUUGCUACUUCCAGCGCUGCAAUGGUGGUCAUUCUUAAGCCCCGAAGAAGCCUUGGCCAGAUGCAAGGCUGAACAACUCGAAAACGCCGCCGUCGAUUCUCAGUUUGUGGAUAUCUUGGUUGCCAAUGACGCUGAUGGCAUUGAGUUUGUCUUUGACGUUCUAUCGAAUGAGACUGUGUGCCAAAAGGAGGGCCUGGUGAAGGCCGUUUUCGCUCGUAUGCGUAAGAUGUGGUCGCAAAUGAAGGAGGAUAUUCAGUUCUCCAUUGCCGAAAGACUGCUUGACAUGUCUCAGCAGCAAGGCGAUGCUGAAGGCGACAACCAGCUUGUCUCUAUUGAGGCUGCAGACCUCCUCCGCACUGUUCCUCUUACUACAUCCGUCCUUUCGUCUUACUUGGAUUCUAUUCAGACUGGAACCAAGAUGAUUACUGAGCCUCCUCCUAACAAACGCCGCCGAUCUAGUGCAUCUGCGGGUGACCGCUCACUGAUUGCCCAAGUCACGCCUGAAUUGACGCAAGCCCUCCGAAAGGUCACCUUUGUGCUCCAGCUUGUCGAUAACUCGGAGCCAGCUACUCAUGCCGAGCUCCUUGACGGUCUUUUCACAGCCCUAUCUGAGCUUCAGCAUUUCCGCACAGUUGUUGGCUCUGAGCUUGGAUAUCUCCAGAACCUCAUUCUCCGAAGCUUGCUUGCCAUGAUGCCUACAUACAAGGAGAACAAGUCGCUCAAAAUUGACAGCUCUGGUGGCUACGGCGAUCUCUUGGUCAACUGCAUUCAAAAGUCUUCAAGCCCUGUGGUCCAGAACGCGGCACUGCUGCUUGUUGCAAACCUGGCAACCAUUGCCCCCAACCUGGUGCUUAACAGUGUCAUGCCCAUCUUCACAUUCAUGGGCACCUCGGUUCUGCGCCAGAGCGACGACUACUCAGCACACGUUGUCUCGCAGACAGUCAAGGAAGUGGUGCCACCUCUCAUUGCCAGCUUGCGCAAGGGAUCAAGAAACCCCAUCACUGGAGCUUCUGAUAUCCUUGUCAGCUUCACCACUGCCUAUGAGCACAUUCCUCCCCACAGACGCCAGUCUCUUUUCCAUGCCUUGGUUGAGACUCUUGGUCCCAAGGAAUUCCUCUUUGCAAUUGUCAGCAUGCUCAUCGACCGAUAUGAGCCCACCGACGACCUUCUCCAAUUCAUCGUUGACCUCUUGGACUUUUUCAGCAUUGAGGUUCAGCUUGAGACACUUGUUAAACUUGUUGAACUCAUCUCUGAUCUGUUUAAGCCUAAGCCUGGUAUCUCGGCCACACUCCUCGGUGUUAGCGGCGAAGCUAGCGAUAAGAGGGACACUGGCAAACUAGCUCUGCGUCAACUCGUUGCAUUCCCUAGCUUAAUCACUGGCCGCAAGCUCACUACCCAGAUUUCCAAGUUGGGUGACCGCGAUGAUAUGCAGGCAUCGGAGAUUCGCACCUUGUACUCUACGCUGCUUGAGAACACACUCAAAUUGUCCGAGACAGUCAAGACCGACAAGCCUCUGCGCAACCGAUGCGGCGCCGCACUUGCCAAUCUCCUCAACCUCCUCUCCAUCAGUGAAUUCAUCAAGAGUGCCGAGAACUUGCUCGAUCGCCCCGAUAUUGCACUCCGUCAGAAGGUUCUGCGAGCACUCGAAGCCCGCGUGGAAACAGAACGCAACAACGACCCCGAUGCUAGAAUUGCGCUUCUCACCUUUCUGCCUCAGCUUACCGCUGUCAUUCGCGAGUCUGACGACAUCCGUUACAAGUACACUGCCGUUACGUGUGUUGAUAAGAUUGCUGAGAAGUACGGUAAGAAGGAUAUCGAAGCUGUGCUCGCAGCCGCGGCUACUAUUGCCGGUGAACACUGCUUGGGCCAGUCGGAUGCUCAGCUGCGCAUCAUGGCUCUCCUGUGCCUGACAUCACUUGUCGAUGUUCUCCAGGAUGCUAUUGUGCCAGUCCUGCCCGUUGCGAUCCCUCAAACUGUCACCUAUCUUCGCAUGAGUGUGCAGGAUGGCACGGUCGAUUCCGAACUUCACUCAGCCUGCUACGGCUUCAUCAGCUCGCUCGCCGAACAGUUGCCAUACAUGCUGUCGUCGUACGUGGAUGAGAUUUUGGAAAUUUCCAACAUCUCUGCCUCUACUGAUGAAGUUGACAACGAGACCAAGGAAAACCGCGUGUCUUGCUUGGAAGUGUUGGCAAAGACUCUCGAUGGCAAGGACUUGUUUACUAGCAUUGCUAAGAACUGGCAGAGUGCUUCCACCUGCGGUCCCCACGCCAUUGCGGAGCUGCUCAACAUCUUGGGUGUUGCCAUUGAGAAGCACUCCAAGCCUGUCAUUUCCAAGAACUCCAACAUUUUGGCCAGCCUGUUUAUGGACGCUUUUGACUUGCGCCGCCGUAUUGCUGAGACGAGCAACGAGCAAGAGGACGUGCGGGCCAUGGUCACGAGCAUCGAGGCAAGCGUCAACGAGAGCGCCCUCAAGAUGAUCUACAAGCUGAACGACGCUGCUUUCCGCCCCAUCUUCCAACAGUUUGUCGAAUGGCCUGGCACUGGUCUCUCCAAGUCCAACUCUACAGGCCGUGCAUGCCAACGCCUCAGCGUCUACGGAUUCCUGGAGACCUUCUUUAACAACCUGAAGAGCAUUGUUACCAACUACUCUACCUAUGUUCUCGAGGAUGCCGUCAAGAUCCUCAAGGCCUCCAAGCCCAAGUCUGGAGAUGUUGAGCUGCAGCUCUGGAACCGGGUUCUGUCAACACUGGCCAAAUGCUUCGAGCAUGACCAGGACGAUUUUUGGCAAGCCCCUGCGCACUUUGGAGCCAUCGAGCCCGUUUUGAUGGCACAGUUCCUCCAUGCGCCCAGCGUCAAUGUCGAGGAGGUUCUUAUCCCAGCCACUGUUGAGCUCGCUGCUGCCGCCGACUCGCAGACUCACCAGAAGGAGCUCAACGCAUCGCUGCUGAAGCUUCUGCGCUCCGAGCAGACGGCUGUUCGUCUUGCAGCUGUCAAGUGCCAGCAGGCCCUUACUGAUAGACUGGGUGAGGAGUGGCUUACUAUGCUGCACGAGAUGCUGCCUCGCAUUGGCGAGUUGCAGGAUGAUGACGAUGAGGUAGUUGAGAGAGAGACUCAUCGAUGGAUUGUUAAGAUUGAGGCCGUUCUGGGAGAGAGCCUGGACUCUAUGCUGCAGUAAGAAUAUCCUACAAGAUAUUUGACACCCAGUUUAUUGUUUCCUCCGCCGGCGCUCUUAUCUGAUGUAUUUUCUUUUCCUACGUUUUUGCAUAUCAUCGUUUGGCAAUGGUAGUGCCUUACACACUUUUUUUUAUAACGCAGUAUAGCUUUUAUGAGACAUCAAUUGAGAAGAAAAGUAAAAUACUUGAUGCACAAAAUAUCCAUCCUGC